AUGGUGUCUCUCGAGACGGCUGCCCCUCCCGGCGCGGAUGUCUUCGUCCUCCCACCAGGCAGCAGCAUCUCGGCGGCGUAUUAAAAUUCUGACAGUGAAGUGAAUAUCAGUGGCCGCAGAGCCUUCAAGCCUGACACUCGCGACUCGGCCGUGCAAUGCGACUUCCGCGGACGCCGCCGCCGACCCUUCUCAAGUCUGCCUCGUUUUGAAUUGUUUUCGAAAGAUUGAAAAACACAGGAUGGACGCGGGAAACGAGUUCAUCGACUCGACGCCCGGCAUGGAGCUGAUGACCAGGUCCAGUCUGCACUCGAUGCGAAACCCCAGCCAGGUGUCCAUCUUCCUCAGGGAGACCCUCACCCAGGAGGUCGACGAGCGGAACUGGUCCUGGUCCUUCCUUAGACGCCAGUUCCGCGUGAAGGGGCUCGAGGAGCUGUACGUGCACUACCAGCGCCGAUUGCAGCACGCCUACUUCUCAGUCUUCCUGCUGCUCCAGAUCUUCUGCACCACCAUCCAGAUCUCGCUCAUCGCCUCCACCACGAAAGCGGACAUGGUGGACCUGGCGUGCUACUCGGCGCUGCUGUUGUUGUGCUUUCCGGUGCUGUUCCUGGCUUGCACGGAGCGUCUGAUGCCGACGCGGGGCAGCUCGCCGUGGCGGCCGCUCUUCAUCUCGGCGGCCGUGCUGGCCGUGCUGCUGGCCGCCGACCUCGGGCCCGUCGCUUACCACUUCCACGGCCAAGGCAUGCACCUGCGGCCGCUGUACGGUGCGCACACCGUGCUCGCCGCUUACAUCUUCCUGCCGACGCCCAGCAGCUCGGUGGCCGUCGGCCUCGGACUAGUCGCCACCGCCGCUCACGUCGCCUGCCUCGCCGUCGUCACGCACGACCAACAAGACCAACGCUUCCUUGCGAAGAUUUUUGGCGAAGCGUUGUUUCUGCUGGCUGUGAAUUGUCUGGGCAUGUACUUCCGUCUCGUCAGCGAAGUGAUUCUGCGGCGGACCUUCCUGGACCGGCGGGCCUGCAUGGAGUCCACCUACAAACUCAACUACGAGAAGGAGCAGGAGGAGCAGCUCAUGUUGAGUAUUCUGCCCAGGCACAUCGCCACGCAGGUCAAGGAUGACAUUCGCAGCAUAUUCCAGCAACUGCAGACCUACAGAAACACGCCCCUGAGGAAAAAGCCUUUCAACCAACUGUACGUGCAGAAACACGAGAAUGUGAGCAUACUGUACGCGGACGUGGUCGAGUUCGCGAAGCUGACGGUCACCCUGCCGGUCAACAAGCUGGUCGAGACGCUCAAUGAGCUUUUUGGACGGUUCGACGAAGCGUCAGAGGAGCAUAAUGUCUUGAGAAUUAAGUUCCUUGGUGACUGCUAUUACUGCGUCGCUGGCGUGCCGACGCCCAAUCCGCAGCACGCCAAAAGCUGCGUUGAACUCGGGCUCGACAUGAUCGCUAUCAUCAGAGAAGUCAGAGAGGACCGUCGCCUCAACAUAGACAUGCGAAUCGGCAUACAUUCCGGCAACAUCCUCAGCGGCCUGCUGGGCGUGUGCAAGUGGCAGUUCGACGUGUGGUCCAAGGACGUCAUCAUCGCCAACCGCAUGGAGCAAUCAGGAAAACCAGGUAUGGUGCACAUUACGGAGCAGACGAGGCGGCAUUUGGGCGACGAGUAUCAAUACGAGCCGGGCCACGGCGAACAGAAAGACCCGCUGCUCGCCAAGUACAACAUUCGGACGCAUUUGAUCUGUCCGCCGGAGAAGAUCGUGGAAAUGCACCAGGAGCGCGCGUUCAUCCGACAACAGCACCAGAGUCGAAGGACGAGCCUGCUGAUAAACAAGAUGCACGAUCAGUAUAAGUCGGGAAGUCUGUUGGUGCCGCGCCUGUCCAACUCGCGCAGUCAGAUGCGGCGCUCGACCGGCGGCAGCGACUACGUCAACGGCAACUCCUCGCCGGUGCGACGCCGCACCGUUUUUAUGGACAGCAAUUUGUAUGUUUACCAGCAAAUGUUGAAGCGAACAGACAAGCACAUGGCCGACGCCAUCGACAAGAUGCCACUGCGCAAAGUCGAUCAGUGGCUCCGAGGCGAGAAGAUCCACCCGCUGCUUUUGAAAUUCGAGAAUAUCAAGUGGGAAAUUCCAUUUUUCAAGCAGGCCGACCCGCUGUUCAAAUUCUACCUUAGCUGCUCUCUUGUCAUUCUCAUCUUCAUGAUUGGCCUCCAAGUUUUAGCAAUUCCAAGUACUCCUUUAGUGUCGUGGAUCGUGUACAUUCUCGGAUGUGCGUUUCUGCUGGUGCUGGCGCCGUCGGCGUGGGCCUGCUACAUUUACCACCACUACCGCGACCCGCACAACGAGCUGGACCGCACUCCACCGCCCGAGAACGGCGUCGCGCUGGCCCUCUACCUUUGGGCCCAGAAGAUCGCGCAGAGCGUGUCCCUGAGGAGCUUCCUCUACCUCGCUGUCACCUUCGUCAUCGCCGUCUGCGCCUUCUCAAAUACUGUGGUCUCGUGCGAGGAGAGUGAAAGUAACUCCAACGGGACAGCUAAAUUCGCGUACACGAAAAUCCACGGCAACUGUGAAACUCCAUGGCACGUGACGGAAGCAUGCAGCAUGGCAAUUUUGUGCGCCAUGGUUUUCCUGAAGACGCAUUUUGUGCUGAAACUGGUGACCAACCUCAUCCUCCUCGGUGUUUACGCGUGGUUUGUGUGGACGGCCAACGCAGAUCUCUUUUCGAGUGGAGUAGGAACAAAUCCAGGGCUGGACGCCCGCUGGUCGCACCUAAUGCUGGUAUCCUUCCUGGCGAUUUGCGUGCACUUCAUCGAUCGGCAGGCGGACUACAUGAACCGGCUCGACUUCAUCUGGAAGCGGCAGCUGAUGGCCGAGCAGGAGGAGGCCAGCACCACGCGCACGGUCAACAAAAUGUUGCUGCGAAACAUCCUUCCCAACCACGUUGCCGAAGUGUAUCUGGACAUGAACCGGCCGCACGACGAGCUCUUCCACGAGGAGUACGAGUACGUGUCCGUCAUGUUCGCUUCGCUGGCCGGCUACUCACUGCACGACGACGAAGCCGGCGCCGAGGAGGACGGCCUCCAGGACGACGGCCUCGGCGGACUCAAGCUCCUCAACGAGAUCAUCACAGACUUUGACAAGUUGUUGUUCGACAACGAGUUUCACCGCGUAGAGAAGAUCAAGGUGGCCGGCUACACGUACAUGGCGGCGUGCGGCUUGGAGCCGGGCCGAAGAGACUCGGCCGCGUCGCACGAGUCGUCGCGGUCGUCGUCGUCGUCGCAGGGCUCCGUGCAGCAAAACACGGACCACACGGUCGUGCUGGCCAAGUUCGCCACGCGCAUGAUGGCCGUGCUCAAGGCGCUCAACAAAGACGCCUUCCAGACCUUCAAUCUCAGAGUUGGCAUCUGCCACGGAAGGGUGAUGGCGGGGGUGGUGGGUGAGAAGAAGCCCCUCUACGACAUCUGGGGCGACACCGUCAAUAUGGCAUCCAGAAUGGACUCCACCGGAAUACCGGGGAAAAUCCAGGUGUUGGAAAAGACUGCAAAGCUGCUGGAGUCUCAGGGCGUGAAGUGCGAGCCGCGCGGCAUGACCUUCGUGAAGGGCAAGGGCGAGGUGCAGACCUACUUUGUCUCGGUCGGCGAAGACCUGCAUCUGAUUCCGCAGGAAACUGUGCCGCGAAAGCGAAAAUUCAAGCUCGACGAAUCCAUCGACACGGACGAUAGUGAAUUCGAAGAGACCGCCCUGUGAACUGUGAACUGUCUGAACUGUGCGAUUGCGAGACAAAGAAUCGCGCACUGCAUUUAUUUUGAGUGUACACUCCCGAAGACAUACUUGGCCACUAUUUUUUAAUUGGUACGGAUUAUUUAUGUUAACAAUAAAAUCUAGUU